AUGGUCGGUGCGACGCCGUUGUUUGAGGCAGAGGUGUCGAAAAACUUUGUAGAGAUAUUCGGCCAUCAGGCCUAUGUCAACAUGACCCAUGACAACAUCGUCGAGAGGCUGCAGACGUCGGACGAAUACGCCGUUCAUGAUGGGGCCGAGAUCACACAGUCGUUCAUCAGACGGGUGAAGGCCCGGUACGACGAACAAGUCCACGACGACCGAGUAACGAUUAUUUACGAUCUGGCGGUACAGGAGUAUGACAAAACCAACAUUUCAAAAUAUGCGGUAGAAAAUCUGGCGAAGGAGAAUAAAAUUCAUUAUUUCCUUUACGGAAAUAAAGAAAAGAUGGUUAAGGACGUGGUGAAAAAAUUUGAAUAG